AUGAGCCUGCCCUUUGUCGUGCAGAAGACACUUCGCCUCAUGAAUCCUCCGACCUCCGCUACUUCUACUACUUCUUCACCUUCAUCUCCUACGUCAGCGGCUGUCGCUGGCGCCUUCGCUUCGUCCGAGCCCAACGACCCCGCCGCCCCGCCAGCCGCAGCCAAGGACUUUGCUGGCGGCGACGUCGACGGGCUGUCAGGUGGCGGCGGCGGCGAGGCGAAGGCGUGGGGCCGUCUGCGGGACUAUGAGGUCGAGGAGGCCCAGACCAUCAACCACCGCCUCCUCGCACGACGUCAACAGCAGCAGACGCCGGUGGCAAGCAGCGGCGACACGUUCAUGCCUGAUGGUGACCUCCUCUUCACAGAUCGCUACAUUCAGCGGUUCCUCGAGGAGGAAGAGCGCACGAAACGCGAAUCGGCCGACUGGACGCGCAACCUCGACAGCUCCACCGCCCGGUUCCGCGCCGACGCCAAGGAGCGCGACACUACUACGAUGCCCACCACCCCUCACCCGACCACCACGUCGCACUACGACCACUACACCGAGAACGACGAAGCCGAAGGCUACGCCGAUAUGGACUACGGCGACAGCGGCGGCGACCACGGUGGCGCGUCGCACCACCACCACAUUGGCGUGCGGUCGAGCCUCUCGUCGGUGAGCCGCGCGCUGGGCCGCAAGGUCAAGUUCUCGUCGUCCAAGAUCGCGGCGUCGCUGGGCAGCCGCCGCAUACACCGCAAGGACAAGGGCAAGGAGGGUGCCACGGGGCGGCACCACGGCUACUACGCAGACGCAGACUACUACGGGACCACUACAGCUCAGCACCCGCUCUAUGACGUGGCCGACGCGGGCCUGCUGCCGGCGUACGUGGUGCCUUCGGGCACGGCCGUGCCCGAGGCCGAGCCCCUGUUCCCGUUGUUCAACGCUGGCCUGGCGCCGGCUGCCGCGCGCAGCAGCAGCGCCAUCAGCGACUUUGAGAAGACGUGGGGCCGCGACUCGCCUUUCUCCACCUACGCCUUCGACCAACGGCCAGCAGCACAACCACAACAAGACCUGGUGAACGUGUUUGACUCAGACGAUGAGGGUGACGGUGACCUCCCGGCGCUGGAGCAUCUCAACCCAUGA